GUCCGGGCUUGUCCUGAGAGGCAAGGUGUGACGGGGACGCGCACUGAUUUGUAAGGGAGUGAACCGGACCACCGCCUCACUACGGACGCGAAGCGGCUCGUGUCGGUUUGUCGGUUUCAGGUGGACUCAGCGGUUCCUUCAGGUUUUAGUUCUUCUUCGCGAGGCGCAGAGAGGUCCGCGCGCAGAGCUGCGAGACCACCGUGCCAAAAGAAGAAGAAGAAAGCUGAUUUACAGGCGAGACUGCGCGUUAAGACUUCCCGGACCAGUCCAGUGCGCGUGCCUCGUGCCGGACAUGUCCUCCAGGUGAGCUGCUGGUGGCCCGGCUGGAGGAGAUGAGACCAUGGCCUUUACGCACCGGCUCGCCCUGCUCCUCCUCGGCCUCACCUCCACCCUCACGGUCCAUGGAAAGGUUCCUAGCUGCCAGUUCCACUGGGAGAUGCAGAGGGCCAGGAGAGAGUGUCAGACGCAACUGAAGCAACAGAUGCCUGCUAGCACAGGAUGUCACGGGGAGUGGGACAACUUCUCGUGUUGGCAGAGCGCGGCGGUCGGCCAUGUGAUGACCCUCCCCUGCCCCUCCCCCCUCCUGAACCUGUUUGGAAAAAACGGUAACCUCAGCAGGAACUGCACGGAGAAAGGUUGGUCCGACGUCUACCCCGUCAUCACCGUCGCCUGCUGGUCCAACAGCACGGAUGAACCCAGCAAGGUGAGUUCACUGUCCGUUCACUUUCUGUGUAGUCUCGCGUUGCCAGACCCUGAUCCACAUCGCUGCGGAAGAGGGUCUAGUUAUUUCAACAAUUAUUCAAAGGAAACAAUCAGAGAUGUUUCUAGGAGACAUCGCAGGAAAGACACAAGCAAGGUGGGCUGCAGGGCCAGCCUGGUGUUGUUCAACUACUUUGUCAUGGCCAACUUCUUCUGGCUGCUGGUGGAGGGUCUGUACCUGCACACGCUGCUGCUCGUCAUCCACAGCUACUCCCCCCGCCUCUCCAUGUACAUGCUCAUCGGCUGGGGGAUCCCUUUAGUCUUCAUGCUAGCGUGGAUCAUAUGCAGAAUAAACCUGGAGGACACAAGGUGUUGGGAGAUGAAUGACAACCCUGUCCCCGACAGACUGAUGAACUGGCCCAUCAUGGCUUCUGUCAUUAUCAACUUCAUCCUGUUCAUCAGCAUCAUCCGGAUCCUGGUGCAGAAGCUGCGCUGCACUGAUGUCGGAGGAAAUGAGCAGUCACAAUACAAACGUCUGGCGAAGUCCACCCUCCUGCUCAUCCCUCUGUUCGGGGUGAACUACGUGGUGUUGGUCUACCUGAUGAAGCCCACUGACAGAAACAUGGAGCGUAUCAAGAUCGUCUUUGAACUCGGCCUCGGAUCUUACCAGGGUCUAAUUGUGGCUGUCCUAUAUUGUUUCCUCAACAGCGAGGUCCAGAGCGAGCUGAGGAGGACGUGGAGGAGUUUAUCCCUCAAGCGUUACGUGGGGCGCGACUACAGGCUGCACACAAUGUCCGUCAGCCGCAACGGCAACGAAAGCUCUCAGUUCCCCAGGAACUCCCGAGCCCAGUCCAUCCUGCAGACUGAGACCACUGUGCUCUGACCGAGGGGGGAGGACGGAGACCGCCUGUUUUUAUAAAGACGUUCAGGACUGAUGCUUGCAUUUAGGCUGGUACAGCAAGAGAACAAAGAACAUUAAAACCAGAACCAUUGAAGAAGUUCUGUAUUACAAAGAAGUUGUUUGGUUUUUGACCCGCCUUAGUAAGAUGGAGACAUGGGAUUCAGCCGGUGUUAGUGUUAGUUAGUGCUAGUGUUCCCACUGGAAUUUUACUCUUCAGGAUGGAACAGGAUCUGAAACUGUAGACCAUCAUGGGGCACAAAACCUAUUCAAUAAAAGAGAUUUAUUUCCUUUAAAUUAAAUAAAUGAAUGAAUACAUAGGGACAAAACAUACAUCCCAUGAGAUUUUCCAUACGUCUAUCAGGGUUUCUACGAACAACUGAAACAGAUACUUGCCUUGUACAGAGAAUGAUUUAGUAUUUUAUGUCUUGUUUUUUUAAACACUUGAGUGUAUUAAUGUUGGUUAUGUACAUGUCGAGGAAGAUGUAUAAGCUUUUGAACACAACUGCAAAUCUGUGACUCCAUAUGUUUAUGUAUAAAAGCUUCUUUCAUAGAGA